AUGGCACAUCGAACUACACGCAAAAUUGGACAAAAACCCAGACCGAAGGACAUACGCAAGACUGCACACAACGCAGUGCGUAGACCUAUCCGAUUUGGAGAAAAGCUAAUCACCAUCUACGCGGGGGGUCAAGGAAAAAUACCAUUCGUAGUUCACGAAGACUUGCUUUGUUCUAGCUCUGGCCACUUCAAGAAGCUCUUCCAACAAAACCUGCAGAGCAGACUCUGGGAUGCUGCCAAUAGUGAACCUUGGGAUGCGUAUAUGCAGUGGUUGUAUACCGGAGUUAUUACAGUCCAUCUCAAAGACCUCGGCGGCGACGACAGCGCUAAAUACUGUCAGCUAUUAAUGGAGUCAUAUGAGCUCGGCGAAAGACUCGAGGAUGAAUUAUUCCAAAAAGUAGUGCUAAAGGAGAUCGUCGUGGACGUCAUGAUAUCUUCAUAUGCAAUCAGCUAUCACAAUAUCGGACAGGUGUACCAGCUCACGAAUGGGGCUUCGACACUUCGCAAAUUUAUCCUGGAUAUUGCGCGGGCUUUGCUGGCGCGGCAGACGAAACAGAAUAUGGGUUCAGAAAAGGUGUUGGCAGGAGACAGCUCGGAAGAAGAAGAUAAUGAUGAGAGUUCGGAAGAUGAAGAUGAAGAAGAUGAGAGCUCGGAGGAUGAAGAUGAACUAACAUAUGACUUCAGAAAUGGAGAUAGAUCGUAUGAGCCAGGAGAGACGGAGGCGGAGGCAGAGGAGGACGAGGACGAGGACGAGGAAAGAUAA